GAAAUAAACUUUAUUUUUGGUAGUGGUCUUUUCGAGCAAGCAAGAGAAAAUUUUUAUCUCGAUGUAAAUCUUUCGCCACUAGACACCGAGAAACCAAAAUGGAUCUAUUUAGAUACAUCAAUUCCCGCCAAUUCAGGAUAUGCAAGUGCCUGUGUAGGAGGCACUAAUAAAGAUAUCAUAUUCCUUUUAGAACACACUAAUCCAGAUAGCGCAAUAAGUAAUCACACUGUUGUAUAUACAUUUAAUACGACAAGCCAAGAGUGGUCUACGCUUGAUUUGAAUGGAACCUAUCCUGAAAGUAGGAAACAAUUUCAAGCCGUUAAUGAUAGUAAUGGCAAGAUAUACAUGUUUGGGGGUCUUUCAGCUACUAAUGAAACGUUUCUUAAUAAUAUUAUUAUACUUGAUUCUUUAAAUCUAAAAUGGCCAAAAGUCACAACAUCGGGCGCCCCAACUUCACGUUAUGACUUUAGUGCUGUACUUUUAAAUAAUGGCCUUAUAUUAUAUUUGGGUGGUAAUGAUAUCACUAGCUACAAUUUUUAUCCAAUUACGGCUUAUAACACUACUGAUGGAAGCUGGUCUUUUAUGGCUGUUACUGGUGACAUCACAAUUCAUAGGAGUAGCCACUCGGCUGUAUUAUCUCCUGAUGGGUUUGUUAUUAUAUAUGGUGGAAUUGGAACAAAUAAUAGUGUAGUUAUUCCAUUAAUUGUUUUGGAUACGAACGUUAGCCCCUAUAAGUUGUCUAAUAAACCAAUGGUUGAUAUUAUUCCCGUAUAUAAUAAUGAUUCUUUUAAUUUCAAUUCAAAUAUAUAUAUUCUUGACACCCGAAAUUAUUCAUGGAUUUCAUAUACUUCUGUUAGUAAUAAUAUUGAUGCAUCGAUUAAUAACAAUAUUGGUGUAUCGGAUAAUCAUAAAGCAGAAAAAAUGAUCGUAAUAAUUAUAUAA